AUGACAACUCAAGUUAUAAAUCAAGCUCCUUCAAGAUCUAAUUCAACUAAACAAAGAUUAUCAUUAUUUUCUUUUGGUUCAGACGAAAACACACCAAUAGAACAACAACAACAACAACAACAACAAUCACCACCAAAAUCUCAAUCUCAAUCUCAACAACAACAACCAAAAUCAUCAGCUUCUUCAACCAAAUCAUCAACAACAAAUUCAAAAAAUAAAAAUUCUAAAUCAAAUGCUGCUUCUAUUAUAGAAACUGAUGAAAGUUGUAUAUUUGAAAGAUCAGUACAAGAUUCUUGUUGUUGCUUUUUUGAACCAAAUAGAUCAGGUUCAAUUGUAAGUUUAUCAAAUUCAAUUUAUAAUGGUAAUUCAAAUAAUAAUAACACAACAAACAACAAUAACACCUCAAACACUUCUUCAUUUAAUCCAGAUUUUAAAAGAUCAAGAUCUUCAACUCAUAAUUCUCAAAUUUCUUUAGGUUUAUCAACUUAUAAACAUGAAGAUUUAAUUCCUCCUGCAUUAGAUGCUACAGCUCAUUUAUUUAAUGAUAAACAAACUGAUUUAGAAAAUGUUGAAAUGAUUUAUUCAAGUAGAAGAAAUUCUUCAGUUAGUGCUUUAAAUAUGGCUUUAGGUAGACCAAUGUCUCCAAUAUCAAGAAAUAAUUCAAUUUAUUCUUCAAUUCCAAUAAUGUCUGCUAUACAACCAAAUACAAAUGAUUCAUCAAAUACUAAUAACAAUGCUUCAACUUCACCAUCAUCAUUACAAUCAUCAUCUGAACAACAACAACCAGCCCAAACAAUUGAAGAAACAACAACUCCAAAAAAUCUACCAUCUUCACCAUUAAGUCCACCACAAUUAAAACAUUCAAAAUCAUCAGUUAAUUUCUAUUCAUAUGCAGAAAUGUGUAGUGAUGAAAAUUUAAAUUUUUCAUCAACUUUUAAUAAUUCACCAUCUAAUUCAAAUUCAAAUUCAAACAAUUCUAGUUUUAUAAGAAGACCUCCACAAUUAAGAUCUUCUUAUUCUCAAGGUAUUAUACCAACAUUUAAAUCAAAUAUGCAAAAAAGAAAUAAUUCUUUAAAUUAUUCAAAAAAUAAAAAUGUUGGUGGUAAUGGUAAUAAUCAGUCUUCUAGUAAUUUAUCUAAAGUUUUAUUAUCUCCUGAUUUAGAUGAUGAUAAAGAUAAAAAAAAAAUUAGUGUUUAA